AUACACACACACACACAUUCCAACGAACACACUUUAACUUGCUCUCUGGACACAAUUCACUUCAUUCAGUUCCUAGUCAUUGUUAAAUUGUUACUGUUGAUUUUUUGUUGUUUACAUGACGUCAUGACAAGGUCAGUUCAGCAGUACUUGUAUCUCUUGGUCUUACUCGGUAAUUCCGUGGGCACUUGUGGACUUCUGUUUAAUGUGACGGAUAAUGGCCAAGGCUUCGUUGUAUCCAUCAACAAUAUUCAGCUGUUGGAGCACACCAAGUCAUCUCCCUUGCUGUUUGUCGGCCUUGGCUUAACGCUCUUCCCCGAGGACUCUGGCAACUUUUUCAUUGAGGACUAUACGAGCGCGAGAAUUCCAUUGGCUGAUUACAACAUAACAUGUGACCAAACAUCGUGUGUACUGCGUCUCAGUGCAGGGGAAACGUGGGUAUCUCUACUAUUAAAGUCAGAAAGGUCUCAGCCUUUAGUUUUGUCAAUUCAAGACAGCAGCCACGACUUUGACCGAACCUGGCUUCGUGUCAAGGCGGCGACGAACGAAGAAAUCUACGGAGGUGGAGAACAGUUCUCUUAUUUCAAUCUCAGGCACAGAGAGGAGAACAAAGAGAACGUCUUUCCUAUAUGGGUCAGGGAACAAGGUGUCGGGCGAAACAAGAGCACUAUGACGACAUUUAUGGCAGACAUCCAGUCAAGGGCAGGGGGAGACUACCAUACGACGUACUUCCCGCAGCCUAGCUUUAUCUCCUCCAGGCAUUUCUAUGUCCACUAUGAUGGCUUCAACUAUGCAGAGCUGGACUUCAGUCACGAAGACUUUCAUGAAAUAUAUGUGCUUGGUGAGAUCUCAAGGUUUUACUUCAACACGGGAGACAACUUACAGGAGCUUGUGUCUGAUCUGACGUCAUUCCUCGGGAAGUUGCCGGAACUGCCUGACUGGAUCAUGAGAGGAGCCGUUCUCGGAGUACAGGGAGGGACUCAAGUGAUGCUAGACAGAUACAAUUAUGCUAAGAGCUUCGGAAUUCCCGUGGCUUCUCUUUGGAUUCAGGACUGGUCAGGCAAAGUGGAAAUGCCCUUCGGCAAGAGAGUCAAUUGGGACUGGACAUGGGAUCCUUCUUGGUAUCCGGGGUUGGAUUCAGCCGUUAGAAAUUUAACUCUUGAUGGUGUAAAGGUUAUGGUUUACAUCAAUCCGUACUUACGAGAAGGUGGCCAUCUCUAUACUGAGGCGGCAUCUAAAGGUUAUCUUGUCAAGAACAGCACAGGUGGCGUGUACCUCCAGCGAUCAGUUACCUUAGUCUUUGCCUCUGUAGAUUUGACCAAUCCUUCAGCCUUCUCCUGGUACAAGAAUGUUAUCAAAACCAACAUGAUAGAUUUUGGAUUCGGAGGGUGGAUGGCGGAUUUCGGGGAGUAUCUUCCAGUGGACGCUAAACUCUUUGAUGGCCGAACUGGACUGGAGGCUCACAAUGAAUGGCCUGUACUCUGGGCCCGACUGAACAGGGAGACAGUGGAAGAGUCUGGAAAACUUGGGGAUGUCGUCUUCUUUAUGAGAGCUGGGUUUUCUGGUGUGAGUAACUUUACAACAUUAAUGUGGAACGGAGAUCAAAAUGUGGACUUUUCAUUGGCGGACGGUGUCCGGUCGACCAUGUACGGAUCAUUGAGUAUGGCGAUGAGCGGGGUUGGGCUCUCCCACUUCGACAUAGGCGGCUACACCACUGUUUCUCAGCUGGGGCUUGUGAGAAGUGCAGAGCUGCUACUGAGGUCAGCAGAGAUGGCUGUGUUUACACCCAUCUUCAGGACUCACGAAGGUAAUCAGCCAGAGGCAAACGUUCAAUGGUACAGUAAUACAACGACAGCAGCUUUUGCAAGACUUGCACGCCAGUUUGCCUUAUUGAAAGACUACAGGAAGUCUGUUGUUGCACAAGUUAGCAGAGUCGGGAUCCCGGCUAUGAGGCCUGUCUGUCUUGAGUAUGAAGGUACCCCAGCUACAGCUACGCAGUAUUUGUUCGGCCCUGACCUUCUGGUGACACCGGUGUAUACAGAGAAUGUCAAGGACAUACUUGUUUCACUUCCGCUAACAAAAGGUUACACAUGGAUCCAUAUAUGGAGUGGCACUGCCUAUCAAGGUGGUCAGACUGUGAAUGUAGCAGCACCACUGGGUGAGCCGGCCGUGUUCUACAGGUCAGACUCUGCAUAUUCAUCUUCUUUUGAGAAGCUCAGAGCUGAAAGUUCAGAGGUCAACAGCAUAAUUGGUUAAUUGAAAUCAAAUAGUUUAACUCAUCAUCUUUCAUAAUGUAUUUAUAAAAUUACAUAAACAGCCGCGCUAGGAAAGAGACUAUCCUCCAGUAGGUACAAUAUCUGGACUGUAGAUCUGUGGGAACACUAAUGUGUCACAUAUCUGUAUUUUAAGAUUCAAAUAAAGUAUUCAUUUAAAAAUAAAAAUAUGUGUUAGGAAGAAAAAUGAAUUUUACCAACUGAUAUUUGCUAUUUAUAAAUAAAAAUUGGAUCUUUUCUUACAAUA